AGUUUAUACUUCAAUUCUGCACGGGAUCUGGCUCCGACCAUGUCGGAUGCCGAUGUUUCACCAGAUGCUGAGCCUCCAGCCCCGCCAAAAGCACGGGAUUAUGCACAGGGCUAUGUGGGCUACAUCUACGAGGAUGCUUUUAGGGAACUUUACGCCGAGCACCCCGAAACUGGAGAUCCGGAAGAGGGAGCGGCCGAUGGUGCAGAAGAAGUGCCCAAAGCGGACACCUUCAUCCGAGCCGAUGGGGAGAUCAACCUGAACAAGGAGGUGGAGGAGAUUAAAGAUAUUCAGGACCAGGUGUACUCCGAAGAGGGGCGCCUCGCAGAGCUGCAAGAGCUCCUGCGCGUGCAGAUCGAGGGCGCGCGGGAGUCCGAUCAGCAGGAGGCGGAAGCUUUGCUGGAGCGGUGGGGCUUAGUCAUGCGGGAGCAGGUGCCGGUCCCCGAGAGCAAGCUGAAGCACAUGCUUGACCGCAAUCAGCUGGAGAGCGAGCGGUUAAUUGUGCCGCGUGGCAUGAUGGAAGACAUGGAGCGCUACUAUGACAUUAAGAAGGGAACAAUCCCUCAGCAUGACAACUUGCUGGCAGUCUCCAAGCCGGAGGAGCCCAAUCACUUCAAGAUGACACGAUCGCAGAAGCUUCGAGCAGAGACGAUGCAGGUGAAGGCGACCCUCACCGAGGAGCAACGGAACACCAUUGCCGCGGAGCUUCAGGAGCGGCUUCGGAAGCGUCCUCGGAUGCCUGCGGGUCUGAACGCCGAUCAGAAAGCGAAGAACCGGGAGAUCGUGAAAAGGAUGCAGAUGAAGGUGAACUUCUUGAAGAAUCCUCGGUUUCUAGCUGACCGAGGAGGCAAAGAUAAGGGCGAGCCGUGCCCUUUUUGGUUCACACCCGACGUGGUGCUGUUUCGGAACUACGAGAUCGGCGGGCUCUACCAGAUCCGGGUGGAGUUCCGCAACUGCACUGGCAUUAGCCGACGUUUGCGGGUCUUACCCUGCAAAAGUGCCGCUUUCUCCAUCAAAGAGCUGCACUACGACAAGGAGCUCAAUUCCCAGCGGCCGGAGCUCGUCGGCUUAGAUCCUCUGGCCGCAGUCGUGGUGCCUGGCCUGGCCGCCCAUCUGGUCGUGCAAUUUGCACCCAGCACGCUGAACGACGAGAACGAUGUGCUGACCAUUUGCACAGAGGUGGGCGACUACGAGCUGCCCUUGCUGUCGAGACGGGAGCAGCCAAGCCUAAAGAUCGCGGAUCCGGUGGACUGCGGCUGCAUGCUUGCAGGCAACAACAUCACUGAAAUGGUGCGAAUUCAUAAUUCUGGAGGUGAAGGUGCCUUUCGGCUGAUUGUGAACGAAGAAGAUCCACCAGAAGAUUACUUCUAUGAGACCUUCCCUGGCUCUGAGAUGUGCUUGGUGGUGGGAUCCUUCUCUGUUUCCCCGGCCUCCUUCUACAUGGAUGCGAAUUCAAGCAUCGAGUUGUGCGUGAAGUUCAAUGCUGACAAGGUAGGACAUCAUCGGUGUCCCAUCUAUGUGGAAGGUGACAAUGGCGAGAGGACCUUGAUGACCUUAGUAGCUGUUUGCGACGCGAUUCGCCUGGAGUUAGCACGUUGGCCAACGCUCAAAGACGAUUUGAAGCCGCUUCCGUGCGAAGAUGGUGUUUCGCCAUGGCAGUUGAUCCCAUGGCGCUUAGAUUGGCUACGGCCUGGCACCCAAGUAGGCCACAUCUCCCAACAGACCAUCGAGAUCGCCAAUGGCGGCUUUAUGCCCAUGCGUGUGGAUUGGCAGUUGGCUCAGCCCCCACGGCUGUCCUCGGCACGACUCUCUGUAGGCUCGCUCAACCGUUUAUCGGAUCGCUUGAUCAACGAGAUCCACAAUUGUCGCCUCCACGUUCCGAGGACCCACUUGAGCUCUUCGUGCCCCUUCAUGGUGGUGCCCUCUUCAGUGAUUUUAAAGCCCUUUAGCCGGCAGAAGUUCACCUUUCAAUUCCAGGCGCAUGGUCCAGUUGGCACCCAAAGCUCGGUGUUCGCAUACCUGGUGGCUCGCGACCUGCCGGACAGCAAGGCCUGCGUCUUGCCCUACAAUAAGUUGUUGGAGCUGCAAGGGGAGAUGAAGUCGGAGGGCCAGUACACCGCGGCGCUGCCGUUGUUCGGCAGCAUUUGCAGUGAACCCUUCGACAAACGGAUCAAGGCGAAUGGAUGCACUGACCCCAUAGAGCUCAAGGUGGCCGAUCCCAAGGACUGCGCGGUGAGCCGGGUGAUCACUGCGGUGUCUCUCCAGGGCCGUAGCGCGGCGCCGACGAUCUCCGCCUUGCCGCGCGUCCUCGCGCUGCCGGGCGACGUGCUGCCGUUCGUGCCCAGCGUGCGGGAGAUCAAGCUCAGCAACUCCGGCGCUCACGCCUCCUUCUUCCGAGUGCGCCUCACCUCCAUGGUCACCGCAGAUGCCAACUCCAGCACUGACCCCCUUUGGGUGGUCUCGGUGCCGGAGGUGGGCGUGAAGCCAGACCUGGGCGAGGCCAAUCCACGUGGGGAUCCCGUCCUGGAGGAGAUGCGGAUGCAGGCCACUCGCCUGGCAAAAGCUUGGCCACCCUUGCCGCCUGAAGCUGGGCGUGAGGGUGCCUCACAGCUGCCUGGCUAUGGCGCUUUGGCAUCCUGCGCUGUGGAGCCUCAUGAGGGGCGCAUCCCCCCGGGUGGCGCCGUCACGCUGCGCGUGACGCUCCGCGUGGUCCAUGAGUGCGACUUCCAUGGACAGCUGGUCAUCGACCUGCCCCUCGAUGCGGAGUCCAGCGAGCUGGCGGCGGCAGCACCACUGAAGGUGGGCAUCACCGCCGCGGUGCGCUCGCCGCGGGCGGAGAUCCGGAGCCGCGACAUCUUGGACUACGGCGUGGUGCGGGCCCAUGCACGCCACACACUGAAAGUGGAGCUGAGCAAUCCCACGGAAAUGCCCAUGCUGCUGCAGCUGCGGCAGUUCAAGGAGCGAGAUCGAGAGGCGCACGUCUUCCCGGUGGAGUCGCACCGACAGGUGGUGAAUCUGUUCUUGGACGCAGUGAACCAGCGAAGGAACCAGGGCUUUGCGGAGAUCGCCUCGGAUCAGUACAUGGAAUUUCCGGCGCAGCCUUGGGUCCAUUCCAAGAGCGGAUGCAUGGAACAGACCGGCCGCGGGAAGUUCGGCACCAGGUCUCCUGAGCAUGCUGAGGAUGAGUCGGUGCACAUCGCGGCAGUGCCAGAUGAAGAGGACUUUGUGUUCUCGCCAGACUUCUUGGCGCUUUGGCCGGGGAAGUGCGGCGAGAUCGAGGUGACGCUGAGGAGUCGAGAGGUAGGGAAGUUCGACGCCCUCUUGGAGGCAGUGGGCUUCAACUCCCUGCAUGCGCAGUGCUUGGAAGUAUUUGCGUCGGUGCAGCUUCCGCUGGUCCGGAUCAACACGCACCACGCACAUUUUCCCGUGACCUAUCUCAGGACCACGUCCGAACCGAUGGACGUGGAGUUGCGCAAUGAAUCCGAUAUGCCAGCGGACUUCCAUUGGAAUGUCCCAAGAGACAACAUGGAAGCAUGCUUAGAAUGCCAAAUUCAGCCAAUGCAGGGCCAUAUCCCACCGCGAGGGAGUCACAGGUGCACGAUCAUUGCCGUUCCCACCAAGCUGGUUGAAGAUGGAGGCCCGGCCUGCUUGCCUUGCCAGCUGUUUGUGGAAGAGAUCCUACAGCCGUUGGAGUUGCGUGUAACUGCGAUCGUCUAUGGCUGCGAAGUGGACUACGCCGUGGUGGAGCCGGGACAGCUGCCACCAGAGAUCUCCCUGCAGCCGCGGCAAGCUGGGGAGUCCGCGUGCGACCCACGGGGCACCUACAUGAUCACCACCGGGCGAGCCUCGCGGAAGUUCCCCAGCGUGGACUUCGGCAGCUUGCCGCUGCAGCAGGCGAAGGUGACCCAUGUGGUGCUGUACAACCGCACGGGGAUUGCCACACCCUUCAGCGUCAAGAUCGACAAGAACCCUGCCUUCGAUCCUUUGGUAAAGGGUCGAAAAAUUGGCGACAACCUCGAUGCUUCGACCCGCAUGUACGCGCUCAUCAAUCAAUCAGGCGGAGCAGAGCCUGAUGAAGAGACGCUGAAGCAAACCUUCGAGAACUCCCCACAGCCUGCAGGAGGAGGUCGUGAUGAAGCAGAUGGCAAGCACCUCGACCUGAAGAGCACCUUGAACAAGACCAAGAAGACAAGCACAAAAAAGAAGAAGUGGAUCUUGGAUGACAAGCACGAGCGUCAAGCCUUCCGUUCCAGCUUCGGUAAAGACUUUGCCAAGCAGAAGGAGAUGAAAGAGCAAGGGCGUAUGGCUUUGAAAGCUGGCCGGGGCUUUGCCGUGAAAGUGAACCCGACCAGCGAUUGGCUGCAGCCCUUUAGCACCACAGUAAUUGCGCUCACUUCCUUCAGUGAUUUACCUGGCCUCAUGGAGGAUGAGCUCCUCCUGACCUUGCGAGAGCUGCCGGGCCACGCGGAGGGCGAAUGCUUCCGGAUCCCCCUCCGCCUGCAAUCGUAUGGCAAUCCGCUCUACCUGCCCGACCAACAAGUGGGUCUCAACAUUUUGUCUUUGCCUCCCAGGCUCAGCUGUGGGGUCACCGUUCCGGCCGAGAAGCAGCUGGUGCGGCGCUUCAAAGUGGGAAACAACUCGGCCGCACGCGUGGUCGUGAACUGGAAGGUCUUCCCCAAGAUGCAGCUGGAGAACAUGGCAGAGGAUCGAAACAUGAUCCACGUGGCCCUCUGUGCGCGUCAUCGGGACAUCAAGGAUCCCUUCAUCCAGCUGCCCAAGAAGGAAGAUCCUGACAAGGAUGUGCUCCAGCUCAAGGUGGAAGAGAAGGAAGUGGUCAUGGAUGAGGAGGAACCAGACCCAGAGGAGCCCUUCAACUUCAAAGUUUGGUGUGAGCCACCUCCAGAGGUGGAUGACCCUUUCUCUUUGAAGGGCAAGGAGCUUCCCAUGGUCAUUGAACCGGAGGAAGCUAUAGUCCCUGAGCACGGCACAGCGACCUUCACAGUGACCAUGACCUGCAUGAAAGCCACCCUCACGGCAGCCAACAAUUAUCGCUACAUCUUGAUUGGUGACUGUCGCUUCACGGCCGACCGGCAGGAGCGCCUGGCCUUCGCAGCCACCAAUCCGGACCAGGACUACGACGACGAGGAUGUCCCGCAGCAUGACCCCUACGUGGCACCUUCUGUGGACGAAGAAGUGAAAGCACUGCCAGAGAUCGAGUUGGAUGAUGAACACGUGGUGGAUGGCGACUCGGACGUGGAGGACGGUGCCACGGCCAAGGAAAAGAAAGAGCUCGCGACUGAGGUGCCCCCAGUGAUGACAGCUGGCAAGAAGUUCAAGAGACGCACCGCGGUCGUGCCGACCCAGCCGUUGGCAGUGGAACCGCAGCUGGAUGUUUUGGCCACCAUUGUGAUCGACUGCACGGGUGACUGUAUUUUGCCUCGACUGACGGUGGACAAGAAGGGCAACCCUGAUGUUGAGGAGUUCCCAGCGCAGAACAAGGAGCAGGAUGACAUUGGCGCCUCAACUGAGCCUCCAGUCUUGAAUGCCCCAGUCUUCAAGUUUAUUUGGCCAGCGAUGGCACAAGAGGGCCCACCCUCUGGAACAGGAUCUGUGCAGGGUGGAGCACUCGGUGGCACACAGAUACCAGGAAUCACCUCAUGCCAGGUACGGCAGAUCAGCCUCUCCAACCACAACGCCUCCAAAGUCACCUGCCGCUUCCGAACGGAGGGUCCCUAUAGGAUCCAGUUGAUUCAGCAACCUGGGCAUCAUCCGGUGCAAGGUUCAAGCUCCAGCUCCUCCAAAAAAGGCAAAGAGGAGACGAAUGAGAUUAAGGGCAGGCUCUUUGUGCUGGCGAAGUGGGAGACCAUCACACUGCAUGUGGCCUUCAAUCCUGAGCUGGUGGCUGCCUCCGAGUGGCAUCACUACUACACCAGACACGAGCAUGUGUUCAAGGGUGACGUGAUCGUGGAAUAUCCCCGGGAGACCAGCGGGGAGAGUGAAACACACAAGGACGAUCUUCAGCGCAUCCACCUCGUGGGCUCCGCGCGGCGCGCCGCCCUGCGGCUACACUUGGUGCCCUGCUUCGAGGGCCCAACGCCGCAAGACCCCGCGAGACCGCGCGCCGAGCGGCCGCCCUGGUCCGAGCCGAUGCCGCUGAUCGUGGAGUUCGGCUACACCCACGUCACCAGCUCGGUGACACGGUACCGGACCAUCCUGAUCUCCAACAUCACCAACAUCCUCGCGAAGUGGUCUCUGGCGCAUGUGGGCCGCAAGCGGAAACCCACACCCAUCAUCGGCGUCACGCUCCCCGAAGAGGAAGAGUUCCGGGCACUGGACGACAAGGAUGCCUUUGAGUUUGAGAUCAGCGCGGGCGAGCUCCCAGGACCUUCGAAGGAUGGCUUGGUGCCUGAUUCAGAGGAGCGCGUGCCCCACUGGUGUGCCAAGAGCUCGGCCGUGCCACGAGCACUGCCCUUCCCAGAUGAGGAGUGGUUCGAGCCGCAGCAGGUGAAGAUCGCCUUCCGGCCAAAGAAGAACGAGCUGUACAAGUGCCGUUUCCGUGUGCAAGUGGAGAACGGCUUAAGCGUGGACUUCAUUUGUCGUGGUUGUGGGAGCUACGACGAAGAAGACGACAGCUUGGAUUUCCAUGAGGCGUAGGAACUGGAUGCCCUUAAGUUAUCAGUUUCAGGC